AAUUUGCAUAUGGAGGCCAUCCAUACCCUUUCAGUGGCAUCUUUGAAAUCAACCCCGGCAAUGCUGCCGAACUGGGAGAGACAUUCAAAUUCAAGGAGGCCAUUGUUUUGGGCACCACUGACUUCACAGAGGAGGACAUAGAUAAAAUCAUGGAGGAGCUCGGUAAAGAGUUCAAAGGGAAUGCCUACCAUCUAAUGCACAAAAACUGCAACCACUUCUCCUCCUCGCUGUCUGAGGUCAGUCUCAUACAACUAUGUUCCUCUAGGUCUAAGUAAAAACCUGUA